CCCUUCAGAGGUAUUCUUCGAGCUCAAAGUCUAUUGUUUUUAACACUUCCAUUGUCUGUCGAAAGGAGGACCAACUGCAAAGCCACAGUCACCUGAUUAUCGGACUUCAAUCGCUGGUCCGUGCAUUCUCGCUCCACUCGGCUUUCUUGCUCUCAGCUGGACAUUUGUUUCCCUAUCAACACGCGCAUUUGCCCAGCAACAACUUUCGAUUUUUCGAUUGUUCCUCUGCCAAUACUUUGUAAACCUUCAAUCCGACCCUCCAUCAGCGGCAACCCUUACGCCCGACAUAUUACAACUUUACCCACAAUAUGGCCUCCAGCGGUACCAUGAGAGGUACGCCCAAUCGUGGCCAGAGUGGCCAAGGAAGAGGGACCGUACCGGCCUUCACCAAUAGCCCUGCUUCAAACAUCCCUCGACCAGCUUUUGAAUCACAUGCAUCAUCGAGUGAAGCUGGCGGAUCAACUAUGAGUGCUAGCAGACAGAGACAGUCGAACAGAGAUGAGGCUAUCCGACGGAAAAUUGAGACGGACCUCAGCAAGAAGAAGCACACAACAAGUCGUGCCCGCCAAACUCGAAAAGCUCCUCCAGGAAGUGUCCUCGCACUCCGCCCAAGUCAAGCUCUUCAGAUCAAGCCGAAUACUACUGUCGCCGAAGCUGCUCAGUUGAUGGCCGCAAAGAGGGAAGACUGUGUCUUGGUUACCGAUGACGACGAUAGGAUUGCUGGCAUAUUCACAGCGAAGGAUCUUGCCUUCAGAGUUGUAGGAGCUGGUAUAAAGGCCAGCAGUGUCACAAUUGCCGAGAUCAUGACCAAGAACCCUCUCUGCGCACGAACGGAUACUAAUGCUACAGAUGCGUUGAACCUUAUGGUACAAAAGGGCUUCCGCCAUCUGCCAGUAAUGGACGAGAACCAAGACAUUUCUGGUAUUCUUGACAUCACGAAAUGUUUCUACGACGCUAUGGAGAAGCUGGAGCGCGCAUAUAGCUCCUCAAGGAAGCUUUACGAUGCCUUAGAGGGUGUACAAUCAGAAUUGGGUUCAAGUCAACCUCAGCAAAUCAUCCAAUACGUUGAGGCUCUGCGAUCGAAAAUGUCUGGGCCCACUUUGGAAUCGGUUCUCGACGGCCGACCCCCUACCACCGUUUCAGUACGCACAUCAGUUAAGGAAGCCGCAGCAUUAAUGAAAGAGAAUCAUACGACAGCUGUUCUUGUGCAAGACCAAGGUUCCAUCACUGGCAUCUUCACCAGCAAAGAUGUUGUUCUGCGUGUCAUCGCUCCAGGGUUGGACCCUGCAAAUUGCAGUGUCGUUCGUGUCAUGACCCCACAUCCAGAUUUUGCCCCAAUGGAUAUGAGCAUACAAGCUGCUUUGAGAAAAAUGCACGAUGGCCAUUACCUGAAUCUCCCCGUUAUGAAUGAGGGAGGAGAGAUUGUCGGUAUGGUGGACGUCCUCAAGCUUACCUAUGCUACCUUGGAGCAAAUUAAUACAAUGUCCACUGGUGACAGUGAAGGGCCAGCCUGGAAUAAAUUCUGGAUGUCACUUGAGAAUGAUACUGAAUCAGUCAUGUCCGGUGAAGGGAGCCAUCACCACACUCAUGGAACUCGUUCGUUGAUGUCGCCGGAUAUGACCCGCGGAAACGAGCGUAUACUCGACAGCGUUGCCCCAGGAGAUUCGGCAUCACAUACUGGAGCUGACUCGCCUGCUCACUCGGUUGUUACUGGUCCUGCUGAGACUCCGGCCGAGGAGAUUCCAUUCCCAUUCAAAUUCAAGGCUCCUAGUGGUCGCGUUCAUCGCUUACAAGCUAUUGGAGCACAUGGAAUGACGGACCUGAUUGCUGCUGUUAUUUCGAAACUAGGAGCAGAGGUUGAUGAUGUUGGAGGUGUUGCUACUUUCGAAGAUGGGAAGCUUGGUGCAUCGGGAUUCGCGCUUAGCUACCUGGAUGAUGAUGGAGACACUGUCUCAUUGACCACAGAUCACGAUUUGUUGGAGGCAAUUGUUAUUGCUCGACAAGGACGUCGCGAUAAGGUUGACUUGUUUGUUCACGAUCCUGAAAAGCCUCCUAUCAGCGCUACCUUGGAUCCUCACCCAGUUAUUCCCGCUCAGCAACCAACUCCACCGCCAUCCACUAUUCGGGAGCGACGGAAACCAGUCUCUGACGAAGAAGAGAGUGAGGAGGAUAUGCCGGUGAGACGAGCACGAAAAGCUGCGCAACCACAGAUGCAAGAACAGGUCAUCGCGGGGGUACCAAAUGAAUUAUUAUUGCCGGGAGCAAUCGUCACACUGGCGGUGGUCAUUGUUGGAGUUUUCGCAUUGACAAGAGCUACGAGUCGUUAAUGGAAUGUUAGGUGGGACUUGAUAGACUGCAUUAAGCGUUUGUUUCUGUAUAUGUACAUAUAUGUAUACCCAUGAUGCGAGCAUCAUGAUGAGUAAGAUUCAUUAAUGAGACUCCUC